UUGCCAAGAUACGAACUAAUAGUGCAAUUGAUCCAGAGUGGAAAUUUGACCAAGGGCGUGCACAUAGAGCACUGGCAAAGUUGAUUGUGCUACAUGAAUUACCUUUCACUUUUGUUGAAUAUCCUGGCUUUAGGUCCUUUGUUAAGACCUUGAAUCCAUGGUUCAACGUGGUAUGCAGAGAAACAAUUAAGCAAGAUUGCAUUGAUGCAUAUGAUAGACACAAAAAAGAAAUUCAAGCACUUUUUAGCAAUCUAAGUUCUCGAGUAUCAUUAACGGGUGACAUGUGGACAUCCAAUCAGAAGCUGGGUUAUUUAUGCAUAACUGCCCACUUUAUUGAUGGCUCAUGGACUCUACAAAACAGAAUAAUCAGAUUUUGCCUCCUGGAAACUCCGCACAACGCUCAUAACAUGUUUGACAUGGUGCAAAAUAGCUUAAGAAAUUGGAAAAUUGAAGACAAAAUCUUUAGCUUUACCCUAGACAAUGCAUCAGUUAAUACCUCGAUGGUUGGCCACUUGAGAAAAAAAUUGGCAGAUAGGUAUCUUCUACAUCAUAGUGGAAAAUUAUUGCAUGUUAGAUGUGCUGCACAUGUAUUGAAUCUAGUGGUGCAAGAUGGGCUCGACGCAAUGGCGUCAGUUGUUGAUAGAAUCAGAGAAUCGGUGCAGUAUGUCAAGAGUUUGCAAGGUAGAAUGGAGAAAUUCGAUGCGAUGAUUGUGCGGGUGGGACUUGCUUGUAAAAACCAUCCUACGCUAGAUGUGCCUACCCGAUGGAAUUCAACGUACCUAAUGCUUGAAUCCUCAUUGCCGUUCAGAGCAGCGUUCGAAGCCUUGAAAGAAGCUGACAAAGGUUAUAAAUUUGCUCCUUCGGCUAGUGAAUGGGAGAUGGCCGAAGCUAUUUGCCAUCUUUUGGGCGCUUUUUACACAGCCACAAAGAAAAUCUCGGGUAGGACAUAUCCCACCUCUCACCUAUACUUCUAUGAGGUCUGGAAUGUGAAGCAAAUAAUGGAGAGAGAAGUCGUAAGUGAAGAUCCUACCAUUGUUGCCAUGGUGAAAGAGAUGGAGAAGAAAUGGAUCAAAUAUUUUGAGGAGUCAUUCUUAACAAGUUGUCUGCCGGUGAUAUUUGAUCCAAGGUACAAAUAUGAAUAUGUUGGCUUCCGACUGACCGCAACUUUUGGUGGUGGCGCAGAGAAAUAUCUUACCCAAGUGAAUAGUGUGAUGAAGAUCCUAUUUGCUGAAUAUGCAUCUGAAUUUGGAAACACUUCUGAUGAAGGUGAUGAGGUUGUAGAGGAGGAUGGUGAGGGCACUCUUGAUGACUGGAAUAAGCAUUUGAGAUUGAAAAGAUCCCACAACUCAAAUGAGCUACAGCGAUAUCUUGAAGAUUUGUUUCCUCGCCGACAGAAAUUGGAUAUCUUAAAGUGGUGGGAGAUUCACUCCCCAAAGUAUCUGGUGCUUGCAGCUAUAGCACGGGACAUAUUGGCAGUGUCCGCGUCUACAGUGCCUGCAAAGGCUGCAUUCAGCAAUGCAGGAAGGAUCAUCACUGAACAAAGAAGUAGUUUGAUCCCGAGUACUGUUGAGACGCUGAUGUGCCUCAAGGAUUGGUUUCGAGCAGCUGAUCGCCAAAAGGCGGAACCAACAGUUGGAGACCAUGGUGGUGAUCAAGAGGAUGAUCCUCUGGAACCACCUAAGGUAAUUAUGCUAGUUGUGCUUUGCACUUUUUGUUCCUUCACCAAAAAUACUCUCUUCACCACAUCUGACUGGAUGACUGCUAGCUUAUGGGGUCACAGCUAAUUGCAAGCUGGAGGA